CGCGAUAAGUCAAAUACUUAAAACGUAGCUCCACCAAAGGAAAGCGAAGAGGUGUGCUGGCUUCAGCGACCACUUUUUUUUGCACGAGAAAUGACUGUAAAACUUACUCCUGGGUCAAUACAAGCCCUGAUCAAAGGCAUUGAGCUGUCCAAUCCUGUUCUGCAGCUGCUGAAAAUGCGAAUGGUCAGUAAUACCUCUGGUCCGCCUAGGUUCCGGCUCAUGAUGAGCGACAGUCGGCACUCGUACGCUUCUUUCCUGCUAGCGACACAGUUAAACCAUCUGCCAGAGGAGAACCUCCUGGAACCAAACUGCGUGUGUAAGGUGAAGAAGGCUGUCCGCAACACAAUGUCAGAUGGCCGAUUUGUGUUAGUCGUGGUGGACAUGGAGAUAUUGCAUUCUGCAGAGGAAGUAGGAGGGAAGAUUGGCAAUCCCAUUCCAUAUAAUACAGAUGGUAUGACGUCACCUCAGCAGGAUCCGGACUCUUCUGUCUCAGCUUCCCCCCCACCUGCUGCAGUACCUGGACCGUCCUAUAGGAACAACAGCAGUCACGGAGGAGGCUCUGCAGGAAAGUCAACCAUGAAUGCUUCCCCCAUGAAGACUUCACCUAUGAAGUUUUCCCCCAUGAAUGCUUCACCAAUGAAGACUUCACCUAUGAAGUUUUCCCCCAUGAAUGCUUCACCAAUGAAGACUUCACCUAUGAAGUUUUCCCCCAUGAAGGCUUCACCAAUGAAGACUUCACCUAUGAAGUUUUCCCCCAUGAAGGCUUCAUCAGUGAAGGUUUCUACAAUGGAGGCUUCCCCUAUGAAAGCUUCCCCUAUGAAGGCUUCACCUAUGAAGGCUUCACCCUUUAAAGCUUCCCCAAUGAAAUUUUCCCCCAUGAAGGCUGCCAGCACUUCUCCAGGUUCUUCGACAAAAGUGAUUUCUAUCGCUCAACUGAACCCGUACCAAAGCAAGUGGACCAUCAGAGCCCGAGUCACAAACAAAUCCAGCAUCCGCAACUGGAGUAACUCUAAAGGAGAGGGCAAGCUCUUUUCCUUUGAUAUAGUGGACGAGAGUGGGGAAAUCAAGAUCACAGCCUUCAACAAGGAAGUUGACAAGUUCUACUCUCUCGUGGAGCAAGGCAAGGUGUACUACAUCACCAAGGCGACGCUGAAGGUGGCCAACAAACAGUACAGCAAACUGAACAACGACUACGAGAUGACCCUCCACUCCAACUCGUCCAUCGUGCCAUGUGAUGAUAGUCAGGGCAUCCCUGCGGUGCACUGUGACUUUGUGCCCAUCGCAGAGCUGGAGAACAGAGACAAUAACGACAUUGUUGAUGUGAUUGGAGUGUGUAAGAGUGCAGAGGACGUGUCCCGGAUCACCACUAAGAGCAGCAGAGAAGUCUCCAAGAGGGCCCUCAGCUUAAUAGACACAACUGGCAAAGUGGUGACGGCCACAUUGUGGGGAGAGGAGGCUGAGAAGUUUGACGGCUCAGGGCAGCCAGUGGUUGCAAUCAAAGCAGCUCGCGUGUCUGAUUUUGGAGGGAGAUCUCUCUCCGCUUUGUUCAGUUCAACAGUCUUGGUAAACCCGGACAUACCCGAGGCCUUUAGACUGAGGGGCUGGUUUGACCAAGUAGGCUGUAAGCUCAACAGCCAAUCCCUGACAGAGAUGAGGUCAUCGGGCAGCGGAGCAAAAACAAACUGGAAAUCACUGAGCGAUGUUAAAGAGGAACACAUGGGACAUGGAGAGAAGGCGGACUAUUUCAGCUGUGUGGCAACCGUGGUGUACACUCGUAAGGAGAAUUGUCUGUACCAGGCCUGUCCGUCCGAUGACUGCAACAAAAAGGUCAUAGACCAGCAGAAUGGAUUUUACCGUUGCGAAAAGUGUAACAGAGAGUACCCCAACUUCAAAUACAGGCUCCUUCUUUCAGCCAACUUAGCAGACUUCGGGGAUAACCAGUGGGUGACAUGCUUCCAGGAGACAGCUGAGGUCUUGUUAGGUCACAGCGCAGAAACGCUGGGACAGCUCAGAGACACAGACGAGGCUGCAUUUGAUGAAGUCUUCCAGAAAGCCAACUUCACAACUCACAUCUUCAAAAACCGAGUCAAGCUGGAAACGUACAACGACGAGGUCCGAUUGAAGGUAACUGCAAUGGAAGUCCAACCCAUCGACCACAGGGAAUACAGCAGGAGACUCCUCAGCAAUAUCCGCAAACUGGCCGGGUAAACUGGUCCCAGUCAUCCAAACAGCUGCCUGAUGAUUAAACCAGUCUUCCGCUGAUCUCUGACUGGUUUUCGACUUUUUCCACCAGUGAGAUAACAGCAUAUCUGACUGAGGCAGCAGAUGGGUAGUCAGUGAUUCAUCAUGUUUAAAUGGCAGCCAAGCAAAAGACUAACAUUAAAUUGUUAUUUUUUUUUUUUUGAACUGGCCUGUUGUAAAACACCCAAAUUUUUACUUUAACCUUUUAAUUUAAUAACUGUUUAAAAAAGAGGUUUGAUAAGACUCUGUUUUAAUGUAUAUACAUUAUUUGUAUGUUUAUCAUGUUUCAUAUGCACUCUAAAAUCAAGGUUUUCUCUUGUUUGAUUCAUAUGAUUCAUGUCUUUGGUUUCAGAUUAGUUAUUGCCCAGAGUGAGAUAUGUGAGAUGUAGAUGAGUCAGACUUAUUUAAUUUUUAUUGUUUAAAAAAAGACAGCGUGGGAGAUGCACGUGUUAGCAAUUGUUUUAACGUCUCAUUGUCUUUUAUGCUUGUUCAACUUAUUCGAGUGUUGAGGCUGUGGGUUUGCUUUGUGGGCUUCCAAAACAUGUCAUGCAAGAAAAGAGUGAUUAAAAGAAAGUUCAUGUAGAGCUGUG